UGAAAAUAACUUUUCUACACCAGUUUCGACUUUCGUGUGUCAACCCACUGCGACGAAAUCCAACUACCCCUAAACCCUGUACAAACCCUAAAAUCGCAACGCCCAUUUUCUCUGCAAAUUCAUUUGACUGCUUAAGUCUAACCAAAACAGUAACACAUUCUCCUUGCAUGGUUCCCGUUUUCAUUGUACUUCAAAACUGGGGAUUCAUUCGAAGUAGGGUUAUCAAUUUUGGAAGGCAUUUUCAGAGAAGAUGCAUAGUUCGGGGGUUUUUGGCGAUGGUUUAAUGGUUUUUCCAGUCACUGGAAGCUGCCGUUUCUCUGAGUUCAGGCAAUUUCCAUUUUGUGGAGAGCCGAGAUUCUGCUUUUCCGGUGGUUUUCUCAAGAAUGGCCCUUCAGUCCGUGGGCUCAAACAUGGAUGCAAACUUGCCAAUUUAAGAGUAAGGAGAGGCAUAAAUGCUAGUGGAGAGACUUCAACUCCUAUUGCUCCUCUUCAAUUUGAGUCACCAAUAGGACAGUUUCUGGCGCAAAUACUACGAACGCAUCCUCAUUUACUUCCUGCUGCAGUUGAUCAGCAACUUGAGAGGCUUCAAUCUGAUCGCGAGUCACAAAAGGAAGAGAAAUCUCCUUCUGCAACAGAUCUCCUCUCAAGGAGAAUUGCCGAAGUAAAGGACAAGGAGCGACAAAGGGCAUUGGAGGAGAUCAUAUAUGCACUAAUUGUGCAGAAGUUCAUGGACGUCGGAGUUUCCAUGUUCCCCAACAUUCCCACACCCUCAUAUUCAUGGCCAAACCAAGAAAGCAAGCUCCAAACCAUCCACUCAAACGAAGCCUUUGAGAUGAUCGAGAACCACUUGGCUCUUGUUUUAGGAGGCCGAUGGCCUAAUCCCACUCAACCCAGAAUUGAAAUAAGCAAGCUAAGAAUUGGGAAGCUCUAUGCUGCCUCAAUAAUGUAUGGUUACUUCCUUAGAAGAGUAGAUCAAAGGUUUCAACUAGAGAGAAGCAUGGGUACUCUCUCUCUAGAAGUUGAAGAAGAUGAGAGUGACCAAGUAACUGAGGGCGAAUUUUUUGAUGCUGAAUUUCUGGUAACUGAGUCAGAUUCCGAUGAUCCUAAGUCAUACCUGUUAAGAUCAUAUGUUAUGCAUUUGAAUUCUGAGUCUCUGCAAAGAUACGCAACAAUAAGAUCAAAAGAGGCUGUGUCGGUCAUUGAGAAGCAAACACAAGCCUUGUUUGGAAGACCGGAUAUAAGGAUGGCGGAGGAUGGGUCUCUUGAUGCUUUGAAUGACGAGGUAAUAGCUGUGAGCUUUGAGAGUUUGAAUGCAUUGGUUUUGGAGGCGGUGGCCUUUGGUUCAUUUCUAUGGGAUGUUGAGGGUUAUGCGGAUUCGAAAUAUCAUUUUCUGACGAAUUGAACCAGCGAGAAAAUGGAUAAGAACUGAAGUACUUGCAGUGGCCUUGUGUUGGGUAAAAGUUCUUGGUGGAAAGAUCACAUUGUUAAUGGUCCAGUGCUUAGAAGAUACAUGUAAAUAUGCCUCUCUCUCCCCCCCAACCCCUUUUUUCUCCCUCUCCCCGCACUGGUCUUAAGCUGGAUAAUGAAGUACGCAGGUUUUGGAGAUUUGACCAGAACCAGUUGUUUUUUGGUUAACGAAGCCUGGUAGAUGUUUAUUGGAUAUGUUAAGUGGAGGAUGUUUGAAGUGAGAGAUCGUGCUCCGAGACCUGGUGGAUGAUGUGAAGCUGAUCUUGAUUCGAUUAUAUUGUAAGCUCCCUCUGGUAUCUCUCUCUUAUAAAUUAUUAUACUGGGAACACAUUUCUGAUGUAUGCUGAUGUAUGCUGCAGAUCGUUGCACUCAGGUUUUAAGCUUUUUUCAGAGUCCUGAAAAUGGAUGGCCAUGAUAUCCUUUUAUGUGCACGCUGUUAUUUAUUUGCCAUUUCUCUCACACCUGAUGAUUGCCAUUUGUUUUAUGUAGACUUUUGCCACUGAAAUAAGAAAACCAUUAAAAGCUUUUUAGCA